AUGGGAACAGGUCAAGCCAGCAACCUCCACAGGAGCAGUCCCAAAGCAACAACUCCCACAGAAGCAGAUAAAAGGGAGCAACCACUGAGGGGCCAGGGCCAAGCCAGAGACUGCUGUGAGACUGGGUGUGAGUCAGGGACCUCUGAAAGAGGAGGUCUAAGACAGCAACCUCUGCCAAAGCAGGUCCCUGCAAGCAAACUAAGCAGAAUCAGGUAUGAGUAUAUGGCCACCAAGGGAGCAGGCCUGAACCAGAGACCUCUUCAGGACUUGGUCCAAGCCUUUGUGGGAGCAGGUCUGAAUCAGGGACAUCCUCAGGAACAGGCCAAAGUCAUCAACCUCCAUUGGAGAAGGUCUGAGCCAUCCAGUGACCUCUGCCAGAACAGGCCUGAGGCAGAGACUUCCAUAGGAGCAGACCAGGACCAGAGCUGGAAGGAGGAGGUGGUGUCCAUAGAUACUUGGAUGAAAGGCUUGCUCAAAUCCACCUGUCUGUAUGGGCAGCUCCCCAAGUUUCAGGAUGGAGACCUUACCCUGUACCAAUCUAAUGCCAUCUUGAGGCACUUGGGCCGAUCCCUUGGGCUUUAUGGAAAAGAUCAGAAGGAGGCUGCCCUGGUGGAUAUGGUGAAUGAUGGGGUGGAAGACCUUCGCCUGAAAUACAUCACCCUCAUCUACACCAAAUAUGAGGAAGGGAAGGAUGACUAUGUGAAGGCCCUGCCUGGACACCUGAAACCUUUCGAGACCCUGCUGUCCCAGAACCAAGGAGGCAAAGCCUUCAUCGUGUGUGACCAGAUCUCCUUCGCCGAUUACAACUUGCUAGAUCUGCUGCUGAUCCACCAGGUCCUGGCCCCUGGCUGCCUGGACAACUUCCCCCUGCUCAGUGCCUAUGUGGCACGCCUCAGUGCCCGGCCCAAGAUCAAGGCCUUCCUGUCCUCCCCUGACCAUUUGAACCGUCCCAUCAAUGGCAACGGCAAGCAGUAAUGUAGGGAGAGACCGGAGCUGCCUGUCCUCCUUUCCCCAGCACUAAUAAAGUUUGUAAGACUUAAAAAAAAAAAAA